CCUCUCGUGCAGCUGGUUCGCGCGCGCGUGUGUAUUUGAGCACUUUAACGGGACGUGAGUCGUGUUUUCAGGGUCACGUGACGGGACAGGUGAAGGAAGAGAUUACUGAGGAUUAACACAAGAGGAGAGGGGGGAAAAGAGACAGAGUACACCUGUACACGCUGGUGCGGAAUCAGAGAUUUGUUUUUUCCUGUGUGUGUGUUCAGUUUUAUUAAGCUCUUUGCAGGUUGGUUUGGAGCGGUUUGGUGAUGGAGUGGAGAGAGCAGACUGCACCCGGGUGCGAGGAGGCGUUCAGCGAGGCACAGCGAUGGAUGGAGGAAGUGACCAAGAAGAGAUUUGGGAGCAAUAACUUUAGGUCUGCCCUGGAGAACGGAGUCCUGUUGUGCGACCUGAUCAACAAACUCAACCCUGGGAUCAUCAAGAGGGUGAACAGACUCUCGACCCCCAUCGCUGGAUUAGACAACGUGAACGUGUUCCUGAAGGCCUGUGGGAAACUCGGGCUGAACGACGCGCAGCUCUUCCACCCAGGAGACUUGCAGGACGUGUCCACUCGCGUGACCGUCAGGCAUCAAGAGACCUCCAGGAGGCUGAAAAAUGUUCUGAUCACGAUAUACUGGUUGGGAAGGAAGGCUCAGGCCGACCCAUCCUACACCGGACCACAACUCAACUUUAAAGCUUUCGAAGGAUUGCUGGGUGUCGCCUUGUCUAAAGCUCUAGAGGAGGCGUCAUGCUCCAGGUCCAGCGUAAGGGACAGCGGCUUCUCCGAGACCUGGUACCCUGACAGGGAGGUGCCGAGCUACAGGAGGGAGGAUUCAGUGGAGAGCCUGGACUCAGUGGAGUCACACACUCUGAGUGCAGCGUCGGAUUGUACAUUAAUAGCAGGAAGUGAAGCGUUUGGGAGUGACGCAGAGGCAGAACACUGCUUUAGGAUGACUGAAACUCCGUCUGCACCCGGGAGAGAGAGACAAACCCUCCCAGCCGUGCUAAGGAGGAAAAGAUCCGAGCAGCAUGAAGGUGCCAGGGGUCACGUCAGUCCUCUUCACAGUGGAAAUGAGAGGGGCUUAGUCAGUCCCCGCCUUGACCUCCCCCCCGUUUCCGCUUUCCACCAAUGGGCACACGAUUACCAGAGCGACUCGGAGUCUGACUCUGACCGGCCCGAACCGGACCUCGUUCAGGACGACCUUGCGAGCCGUCGAUUCCGCCCGGCAAACCAGACUGCACCUGCGAACUUCGCCGUUCCUCUGAACCCCGAAGUCAUGAGGCCGUUUCCCGCCGUGACCCCGAGUGCAAGAAGGUCAUGGGUCACAAUGUCUGAUGCCUCUCGGUUGCCUUCUGUUCCUCGUGAAUGCUCGAGCCAGAGGAGCAAGUCCAUGAGCGAUAUCACCCUGGAGCGUGUAGUGCGGACGCCUGAAAGCACUUCUAUUCAUCCUUUGAAGAGUCACGGCAGUAAUGCUGCGUCUGUUUCUCUGCGGCAGGAGCGAAUCCGACAAUAUCAGGCCCGGGUGAGGGAGAGCGAGAGCAAGUGGCAGGAGGACCUGAACAAGUGGAAGACUCGCAGGCAGAGUCUGACCUCUGACCUUUACAAGAAGAAAGAGGAGCGAGACCAACUUGAGCUCGAUCCCAGUGGAACUGUUCAAACUGGGGAGGAGGAGCAAGGAAGUUCUUCUAGGAGGAGCCUACAGAGGGAGGAGUCUGAUUCGGCUACAGAUGAGACUCCUGUUCCUUCUCCCCUGACCCCCAGCUCCAGCAGCAUGCCUGCCCCCGUGAGCUCGAGCGACCCCGCUCCUGACCACAGGGACUAUCCCCGCGCUAACAGUACAACCGAAGCGAGUCAUCGCACCCCCACUGAUCACGUGCACAGCCCGGACACGGACCCGUCUGCCGUGCCCGUCCAGCGUGCCAAGUCUGUAGAGGGUGUGUUUUCAGGUACGCCACAGAUGUCCGCCGCGCUGCCCAGAGGUUUUCGCAGGUCUGAGGGGACCUCGCGGCUCUCCACAGGCGUCACACCAAGACCUUUCCGCUCCAAGAUCUCCAGGAAGUCCACUCAUGCUAGAUUCUACUCGAUGGACGAUUCGGAUAGCAGCCAACAAGAGCAGCACCAGCGUCCUGCGUCCUUCCCCCACCAAGGUGUCGAUCCACUUCCCGAUUACAAAGACGACGCCCGCACUAGUACACAUGCAGCCGUCCAGGGGCGGAAGAAGGAGGACGAAGAGAGGGGACACCGGGUAGACUCGGCUCCCAGCAUUCACUCCUUCAUCUCCGCUAGUGUCCUGAUGCCGGACAAAGCCGUGUGCACGAGCCAGGAGGACAAGGCGGAUCACCGUGACAUGCGAGUCAGUCUGAAUCAGACGCCCAACGGCGGCGCCGACUUCGGCUUCCAGGCUCGGUGGGACUCGACCGGCGCUCGCGUCAAAUCCGUCCAGCCAGGCAGCCCGGCUCAGCUGUGCCACCUGCAGGCGGGUGAUGAGAUUGUGGCUUUGGGUGGAAGGCGAGUGGCCGAAAUGAGCUACGAACAGUGGAAGGCCAAUAUGGACGCCGCGCUCCGGGAGGGCAAACUGCUGAUGGACAUCCGGCGCCUCAGCCUAAACGGUCAUCCAGAUGACGACACUUCCGGGAUGCCCGUGGAGGAAGAGACUAAAGAGCAGCUCAACGGCCACCAUGUUAACGGUUUGCCAGCAAAAACGACGAACAGAAGCUUCAGUCACAAUCCAGUUUUGACAAAACACAAAGAAAAUGAACACGUACUAACGCAAAACCAAAACAGGAGAUUAGAGUUUUUUAAGCAGAAAGGAGGCUCAGCGUCGCCGAUACCGGAUCUGCAGGUUCCCUCUAUCGGUGCGUCGUCCACACGCGGGUCCUGGAACGUCGAGGAGGAAAGGAGGAGACAGGAGAAAUGGCAGCUAGAGCAAGAACAACAUCUGCAGGAGAAGUACAGGCGUGAUCAGGAGAGACUAGAAGAAGCAUGGAGACGAGAUCAGCAGGAAGCGGCGUUGGAAGAAAACCGUGACCCUGAGAAGCAGGAAGUGCCCUCUUUGCCCAGUGGAAACAGUAUGUGUUACACUCCACCCCCUUUCCUGAACCGCGCAAAUUCCCCAACUUCCGUAGCGCCGACUCAGCAAGCGCGGGAGCCGCCGCUCAUCCAGAACAAACAGGUCCAGAUAGCCGCAGCCCAUCCAAACAAGGAGGAACUGGAUUCAUCCUCAAGGGCGAGUCAAUGGCCGGGCGAGUCUUACGGAUUUACCAAGCUAACAGCUUCGGACAGGAAGAAAUCCAAAUCCACUCCGUCGCUUGAUGGCAGCCACAAGCAAGACUCCAAAGUGGGCGUUAAGAAGAAGAGUCGUCCGUCUCAGGCCGAGCAGGAGCGCCUCCAGAUCCUGGCGGAGAUGAGGAAGAAGACUCCGGUCCUCACUGACAGCAGCUGGAUCCGCCAGCGCAGCACCUGCACCAUCCACAAAGAGCCCGUCACCAUGUCGCCGCUUAAACGACACGAGUCUCUGGACAACAUCCACAGCAGCAACUCCGCACCCAAGCAGUUCUCCAGUGCAUCGCAGCCUCUCUCCGGCCUGAGCGGCAUCGUUCCCUACCGAGGGUACUCGGGCCGCUGCAGCUUGGGACCCGGCGCUGCCAUCUUCGCCACGGCUUUAAAGCAGAGCUCCUGGUCUCAGAUCGCCCCCAUCUCUCCCGUGUCUGAUGCUGAGGAGGCGUGUAACAGCGCACAGCCGCGUGACAGGCAGGAGAGCCUCAGGCGACCGUGUUCCCGCUGUGAUCGGCCACUAGUCAAAGGCCCGGCCAUGGUCGUCGAGUCUCUGGAUCUGUGCUUUCAUGUGGCGUGCUUUAAGUGUGUCAGCUGCAGGACCGAGCUCAGGAGAGACGCGGAGUCUGGCGCUCAGGUGCGAAUCAGACACGGACAGCUCUUCUGCGACACCUGUUACAACCGACUCCGAGUCCGUCCCGGCAUUCCCAAGCGACCACAAUGCACCGGGGCAGCUGAUCAUGGAAAAGACAUUCCCUGAGGACGGCUCGAACACGCAGGCCACACACUCUGCAUAAAUUCAGAUGGAGAUUACCUACUGUACAGUACCGCUUACCCUUCCACUCGUGUUGCAGAUUUAAUAACUUAAUGUUAAUAUGCAUAUUUGUGCAAGUUGUCCAGUAUGUAGAUUAUGAUUUUUUUUUUAUUUGUUCCUGAAUAAAGUUAGAUUGCUAAACUGAAUAAACAAACACUGGAGUAAGUAGACUUCAUCCUUGUCCUGCUUAUGCAGGCUACAGAGCUGAAACACAAAGUUGACACUUUUUUUUUUUUUUUUUUUUACAGUUUUCUUUUUUGUUUUUCCUCUUACUUUUUAAAUUCCAAACGUUCUUGUAUCCUGACUUCUCUGCAUUAGGGCUUGCAGCAGCACCAGCUAUUUUUCCUCACACAGAUGUGAAAUAUAACGCGUGCAUGCAUUUGCGUGUACAACCUCAUUAGAUAUUUCGGCACAUGCUGUCAGCACUUUCUUGUUCUUGGUCGUGUAAUGCACAUGGUUGAUUUUAUUUUUGGUGUUUUUUCGGGGGCGGGGGGGUUGGGCAAGUCUGUGUUGAAGGA